AUUAGAUCAAAGUCAGUUUUUAGCAUUGCCUAGAAAAGUCCUUGGAAAACAUCUCCGCAAUGUAGUAGGACAAUACAUUGCAGAACAGCUUUAUAGUGGUAAAACUAAAAUUUUUCUGUUAAAUACUAGAGUUAAGACCAUCUUGCUUGUAAGGUGUGUUUUUGUGAUAUAAGAAAAUCAAGUGGUAGUAUUACAAUAUUUUUAAUGUAUUUUGGUAAAUGUUUAGUUUUCCCAGAGUACAAUUCUUUGGAGAAAUGGUUUCGUGCUUCAAUGCCAAAAUCAAGUUUAUGGGGAAUGGACGCCAUGAUUUGUCAUUUUGGCAUCACGAAUUCGUAUUUUUUCAGUUUAGCUCUACCUUCUCAAUUUUGUUAAAAGUUGUCGAAGACUUGUAAGGCAGAGUGAGAUGACACAUUUAACUGCCUAUGUUUUUUAGGAGUUGACAGUACGUCCAUCCUGCACUCACCUAGAGCAGCAAUUUAAAACUUAGCCAAGUUUAAACACGAAACCCGAUUCCACCAAGCUUAAAAAACAAAAUCUAUUUAAGUAGAUUGGUGGAAGGAGAUGGAAACAAGUUGUUUGAUCUGUCAUUGCAAGUUAAUUUUAUAGCCCAAAAGAUAAUUUAAUUAUAUGCUUUAAAUGUAAUUUCUGUGAGAUCCACUCCUAGUUCUUCUAUUCUGGCCAGUCUUCAAUUUCUGUAAAUUUCUCAACCUUUUCAUUCCCAGCCCUUGUCUGCUUUGUAUUUAUUAUGCAGUCUCAUCCUCUAUUGUUUCAUUUACUUUAAAUGAAAACUUGGACCAGCCAAAUGGUAACCUUUGAUAUACCAAUGAUGUCUAACCAAGAUGCUUCAAAAAUUUCUUCCACCAGUUCAGUUAACCUCUCUAUUGCCUAUAAGGAUAAAAUUGCCUCAAGGUACCAUACCACAUAACCAAAAUGGAACUCCCUCUUUGAUCCCGAACCUGGUGCUUAUCCAUCAUUCUGUCAUUUAUUUAAACAAGUUUAAGUCAGAAUCCUAGCAAAUUUUCACAACCCACUUUCUCAUUCUCCAUGUCCAACCUUUAAAUUAGCUCUUGCUUUAAUUUUAAAUAUCCUCUACUUCUAAAUUAUCUAUUCACCCCUAUUGCUACUACCCUGAUCUAAGCUCACAUUCAUAAGACUCGGUUUCCAAAUCCUUUGUUGUGCAAUCAGACCUCCUUUGAUAAAUAGUCCUUUGUCUUAACCAAAAUGAAAAUUUGUGGUCAGAAACACCACCAAUUUAAAAUGUUGAAAUAUGACAAGCGAUUUUGGAGGCGGAGAGCGAGUCCCUAAUGUGGUCUGUGAGUACUGGCCUAAUGCUGCAGCCUGGUGUUGCUCCACUCUGCCUUUUCAUUCCACCUGGAAUGCCCUUAAUUCCAUCCUUCAUACCACCAACCUUGCCCUCUUAACACCUCAUAACCUCAAUUCCUCAGUUCACUGACUCCCACAGAUGUCAAUUUGUUACAUAUAUCCAUAACUUCUUGUGUUUUUAUUUCACAUUUCUUAAUGUGUUAGAUACCCAUCAACAUCCAACUCAACCCAAUGGCGAGACAUUUAUGGUUAUUGUUUUUUUGCUAGACUGUAGGCUCCAUGAGAGCAGGAACUUCACUUUGCUCACUCUUACAUCCUCGGGUCUUAGGAACUGCCUGGCACAUCGAACGUGGUAAAUGUUAUUGAAUGAAUGAAUGAGAGAAACCACCGAAAGCUGCAACAGACAAAUCUAAAAUAGUUUAAUCAUCUAGCUAGUUUUUCGUAGCCCUAGACGCAUAGCAGGGACAACCUAUGUGGUUUUGAUACUCUGAUUCAUUCGAGCUUCAAGUUUAAAGAGGAUCAAUCCCAGUGUGCAAUGCAAACAAUGAGUUAACAGUCGCUUAGAAACCACAUGUCCCAGCAUGCCGUGCUCCGGAACAAUCUCGGAAGUGGGUAUGAGGCGUCAUUGCAUUCUGGGAGUUGUAGUCUGACCUGCCCCUUGUGCAGCUUCCGUGGCCUACGUUUGGAAAAAACCCUACUGGGUGGCUUAGCGCCCUAGAGAGCGGCGCGGCCCUACAACCUUCGCCCCCGGCCCAGUGGCCCGCUCCGCCUCUACGCGACUCUUCCCAUAUCCCAAAAUGGCGGCGGAGGUGGAUUUUGGCGACUUGGAGCUGUUCGAGGCGUUUGACCACCCAGAGGAGUCGCUUCCGAAGCCCGUUCAUACCCGCUUCAAGGACGACGACGGCGACGAGGAGGAGAAUGGGGUUGGCGACGCGGAGCUGCGGGAGCGGCUUCGGCAGUGCGAGGAAACCAUCGAGCGGCUCCGCGCCGAGAAUCAAGAACUUAAAAGAAAAUUGAACAUCCUGACUCGACCAAGUGGGAUAUUGGUGAACAACAAUAAGUUAGAUGGACCUUUAUUACAGAUUCUAUUUAUGAACAAUGUUAUUUCAAAGCAUUAUCAUCAAGAAAUAGAGGAAUUUGUAUCAAAUUUAGUAAAAAGAUUUGAGGAACAGCAGAAAAAUGAUGUGGAAAAGACUUCUUUUAAUCUAUUGCCCCAGCCAUCCAGUGUUACGCUAGAAGAGGACCAUAAAGUAGAAGAAUCCUGUGCCAUUAAAAACAACAAGGAAGCUUUUAGUGUUGUAGGAAGUGUCCUGUAUUUUACUAAUUUUUGCCUUGAUAAAUUGGGGCAACCGCUACUAAAUGAAAAUCCUCAGCUUACCGAAGGAUGGGAAAUACCCAAGUACCAGCAAGUCUUCAGCCACAUUGUUUCUCUAGAAGGGCAAGAAAUACAAGUAAAGGCAAAAAGGCCAAAGCCUCACUGUUUCAAUUGUGGUUCUGAAGAACAUCAAAUGAAAGAUUGCCCAAUGCCUCGGAAUGCUGCUCGAAUAAGUGAAAAGAGAAAAGAGUACAUGGACGCCUGCGGUGAGACAGUCAAUCAGAGUUUCCAGCAGCGAUACCAUGCAGAAGAAGUGGAAGAAAGAUUUGGAAGAUUCAAGCCAGGAGUCAUCAGCGAGGAACUUCAGGAUGCACUGGGUGUGACGGACAAGAGCCUUCCACCUUUUAUAUAUCGAAUGCGCCAGCUAGGAUACCCACCGGGAUGGCUCAAAGAGGCCGAACUGGAGAAUUCGGGGCUCGCGCUCUACGAUGGAAAAGAUGAUGCUGAUGGGGAAACAGAAACUGGAGAAAUACAACAGAAUCAAAGUGUCACUUAUGAUCUCUCGAAAUUGGUAAACUAUCCAGGAUUUAAUAUAUCAACUCCCAGAGGAAUUCCAGAUGAAUGGAGGAUGUUUGGGUCCAUACCAAUGCAGGCCUGUCAGCAGAAGGACGUGUUUGCCAAUUACCUUACUUCUAACUUCCAAGCGCCAAGUGCGAGGUCUGGCAGCAAGAGGCCUUCGUCCCAGUCCAGCCCGAGCAGUCCUAAGAAGCAGAAGAAGGAUCAUGGCAUGGCAGCCUCGCCUGCCGACAUGGAGCUCGACUCGGACGCAGACGGCCUGCAUGGUUCUCCGAGCAGGGGUGCUUUUCAGUUCCAGCCGCCACUGCCCCCCGAGACUCCUCCCCCCGCACCCCGGGGGACUCCUCCGCCCACCUUCACACCUCCACUCCCCAAGGGCACCCCACUGUUGACCCCCAGUGACUCGCCACAGGCCAGAGUGGCGGCUAUGGCCAUGGACGAGGACACGCUGACUCUGGAAGAACUUGAAGAACAGCAGAGGCGGAUAUGGGCGGCCCUGGAGCAGGCCGAGAGCGUCAACAGCGAUUCCGAUCUUCCUGUCGACACACCUUUAACUGGGAAUUCGGUGGCCUCUUCACCUUGUCCAAAUGAGCUAGACCUCCCUGUCCCAGAGGGAAAAACAUCUGAGAAGCAGAUGCCCGAUGAGCUCGAGGUACUGGAUGCCUGUCCAGAGAAACCAGAAGUUGAACCUCCCUCCAGUCCAGACUCCGAGGCCGUAUUGCUUUGUCAGAAGGAAGAGGAGGAGUCUGCGCAGGCAGACUCUGAAGGCGGUCUCCUUGAUAAUGGCAGCAUCAUAUCAAACUGUGACAUUAGGAAUGGAGACGGCCAGAAGCCCCUUCACGUGGACACCAGUCCAUCAGCCGCCACUAAAAUUCAUAGCCCGGUACCUGACAUGAGCAAGUUUGCAAGCGGGAUAAUGCCGUUUGAAUUUGAGAAUAUGGCAGAAUCUACGGGAAUGUACCUCAGGAUAAGAAGCUUGUUAAAGAACUCACCCCGAAACCAGCAAAAAAGCAAGAAAGCGUCUGAAUAACUGCUUGACAGAGUACCGAGAGCUAUUUAAGUAUCUGUAACUUUGUGUUCUGGUAACUAGUACUAAAUGGACAGAUAAAAUUGUCUUCCCAUUUGUCCCUUCCAUGUUUAAAAAUCAAUCCGAGGCUUUUUUGUGGCCUAAAGUCAGGCCUGUUUUAAAGAACAGAAAGACUGGGCUUGCUGGUUUACUAUAUUUUAUUCUCACUAAUAAAAAUGGGGCGGGGGGGGUUGUAUGUAUGAGCUGGUUUAGAGAUAGUUUAUUAAGGUUUAUACUAUUUUUGGAUUGUGUCUGUCAAGAGUGAUGGUUUUUAUCUGUCUUUUGUACAUUGUUUUCCCUUUCUACAUUUUGCUAAUUAUCCUGUAUAUAAGUUUAAUAUAUCACUUUUUAAAAGAAAAAAUUCUAACCAUUUUAAAUUCAUAUUUCAACUCCGACAACCAAAUGAGAAGAAUCAGGGAUGAGCAGCUUUAUCCCAUUUGGGGUAUUUUUGUAAGUGAUUUACAUACAUCAAUUUUAAUAACAGUUUUACUUUUUUAUAACUUCAUUCUUCACAUAAGCGUGCUAUACAGGUAUGUUCGUCUUUGUGUACAAAGGUUUAAUAAAUUAGUUUUCAUAUACAUAAUCGAA